UUCAGGGAGGUAUUUCGGACGGAUCCCGUCUACUGCCGGGGCAUGUCCUGGCGAAUGCAGCGCAUCUCCCUCCCCCGUCCCUUGUCCCUCUUUGUCCCAAUUGCUUCUGCAGCAACUGCCUCGACCAGAGUCGCCUCACUCUUCUCGAUCGACCCAAUGUCCACCCCCUCGACCACCGACCAGGAGAAGGUGCUCCCGUCGGCCACUGCCGUCGCUGUCACCGCCACCCCGGCGGAGGAUGCUCGUGCCAAGCGCGCCGCUCGCUUCGGCAUCACGCACAACAAGGCUGAGUCUGGUGUCGUCAAGAGCAAGACCCUUGCCUCGACGCCGGCCACUGUCGCCCCCAAGAAGAACAACCUCCUGGACAAUCUCGUGCGCUCCGGCGGCCUGGACCCUGAGAAGCUUCGUGCUCGCCAGGCACGCUUCGCCAUCAGCCCCGAGGAGUCCGAGCGCCGCGUGAGUGCGGCCAUUGCGGCGCACGAGCGCGUGGCCCGCACUGCCGAGGCGCAAACCAAGCGCGAGGAGCGCGUGCGCCGCUUCGCUGCCGCCGCCGCCGCCGCCGCCGUCUCCGACACCGCCUCCGCCGCCUCCGAUGUGCCAGAGGGGCAGGAUGAGCCCACUGGGGCUGUUGCCACUGAUGCCGAAGCCGAGGCCGCCGUGGUCGAGAAGACCGAGGAGGCCACCGUCAGCGAGUAA